GGUCGCGCACAUCUUGCCGCUGGUUAUCAAUCCACUCUCCUCGUCAAAGUGUAACACGCCAUACUCACCUACAGAAAAAGUGUUCUCCUCGAUCAAGAGAUAUGCGUAUGCUUCGGAGAGCCAAGGUGGCACCUGCUACCCGGAGAGUAACGUUAGAAGCUUUCCCAGAACGUGAUGAGAUUCUAAGGUCUAAAUUUGACAAGAAAUUUCCUGUGCUAGUACGCGUUACAGCACCGGACACAUCCGACGGCACACACGUGGACUUGGUGGCAGUGCUUGACAUGAGCGCAAGCAUGACAAGAGACAGGCUUGAGAAUGUGAAGGAAGCCAUGCUAGCCGUGAUAAAAGAUCUUGGCCCGAGAGAUCGUUUCUGUAUGCUACCAUUCAGCAGCGAAGUGCAGAGCCGUACAGAACUCACGGAAAUGUCUCUUAAUGGUAAAGAAGCUGCAAGCUCUAUGGUCCAAAAUUUAGUCACCGGGGGGAAGAGUGACAUGGGUGCAGCACUGCAGCUAGCUGCAAAAGUUCUGAAUGGCAGGAAAAUGCAUGACUGCAUCAACCGCGAAUGCUUAACUGUCUUCAUCUCGGCCGGCAAAGAUGAUUCGGUCUACACAAAGCCAAUCAACCAUGGAUUCCCGGUUCACACCAUUGGUUUAGGUAGCGAGCAUGACCCUAAGGUAAUGCACGACAUCGCUCAAACCACACAUGGCACAUACUCUUAUAUAGACAGGGACAUGGAUGCUACGGGGUCUACUCUCAGGAAGUUGGUCCAGGUCCAGAAAGCUGUCAGCGCAAGGAACACGGAGAUCAAGUUACAAGCUCAUGAGGGUGUCACAAUAUUGUCCAUCGAGUCUGGUGGCCACAAGAGUGUCCCUAGCGAGACGUCUGGUGUGAUUAAGAUCAGCCGCCUGUAUGCCAGUCAGGUCAGCAGUUUCAUCGUCUACCUCGCAGUCAAACAGGGGAAGAGCCCCGGAUUAAAGCAGAUACUAACAUCUGGCGGUGGUAGCAAGAUGGAGCUGAUGACCGUCAGCGUUACAAAUGAAGGUGUUCCUGGUUUUUUGACCGGGGAAGGUGUUCCUGUUGACAAGCUGGGUGUGUCAGUCAAACGGCCAGAGGAAAGCCCUGGUGGUUCGGUUUGUCCUCUGGUUGCAGCGGAACUUUACCGCCUUGCACUGGUGCUUGCUAUCUCUACCCUGGCAGAACCUACUGCGGAUGGUUUGCAGAAAAUACGGAAUAAGUACCUCACAUCUGAACAGCACCGCAUGUACAGCAAGUGGGAGUUCGAGAAAGAUAUCUCGGAAAUGCAGAAGGGUAUUUCUGAUCCCAACAAGCACAAGAUGCAGGGGCUUCCAUACAUGCUCUCUUGGCUAUCGUCUCACAAUUGGCAGCGUCCAACAGCCAAGGGUUCACCACAUAUGUCUGAUAAUUUCUUACCAACAAGUACAAUGCAACAACAACACCAACAACAUCAACAACAACAACAUUAUCGGCAACAAAAACAUCAUCAACAAGCAAUGUUUACAGAAAUAUUACUGUUGCUUCCUUGUGCCAUAUCAGCUUUGGUCAUUUUGCUUCUGGCUGUAUUCUUCGGUCUCCAUACUGCAAUACUGAACCUGAUGCAAUCCCUGCACAUGAGGAUAUUGUCCAUCAUCGGGACAACGGUUAUAAACCAUGUCAUGCAGUAUUUGUACUCGGCGGUGAUGUACUCAAGCAUCCUCGGAUCAUUUUCCUUGUUUAUUCCGUCAGGAAUUGCCUCAUCAAUCCCUGUUCUCCAGCAGAAAGCUGAGGGAGUAGACACAGUGGAUAUUAAGGUUUUCACCAAUACCUUUCUUCCAGAGGGUGCCAACAUGGCUGCAAAUCCAAAGACUUGUGGAGGAACAGCUGGCAUGUUAAGCGGCAAAAUUACAGUGCAAGGCGGUUUGGUUUUCACAAGCUAAAGUUCUCAACUACACAUGCAAUAAGUGAACGAUUCCCCCACAGUUGGAGCAUGCUCGAGAGCUUGCAAUCAUGUAUCGGUUCAUAUGUGAAGACAUUUUAUCUCCGUUGGUUAUUGUUUAACUUUUAUUUUUAUUAUCAAGCCAUGCUACUUGGCAAAUGUACCUUGUUAUAUGUCAGUGAUACAUUGAUAUGUCCUAUGGGAAAACACUGGGGUAAUUACAUCACACCCAUAUUCAUGUUCUUAUUGUCUAUUUAAUAAAUUGUUAUUUCA